AUGCAAAUCCCUCAAGUCAUUGUAUCACCGCCUUUGGACGACUCACCACCUGAAUACCGGAAAUUAAAGGAAUUCAUACCUGUUUAUGUGGCAACCAUCCGUAAAACCAUUGAUUCUGGGUUUCUCUCCCUUUAUCCUCGAGAAUUGAUGGACCUCGAUUUAAACGAAGUGUUAUGGAGAAAGUUCAUACGUCAAAUUAACGAAAGCGCUCAGUAUGUCUCAGACUCUGAUGCUGCUGCUUCGGCAACCUUCUUUGGGGUCUCAGGUUAUUUGGCCAGCCGAGUUGGUGAGAAAAAUGUCCGAAAUACAAAGAUCAAGGAAAUAAACAACAUCCUAUUGUGUUGGAACUCAAGUUUUUUCAAUGGCUUUGGCCUACAAGUCACCCUUAUCAAACUGGCACAGAAUUCAUGUGGGGCUGGAGAUGACAAAAAGACGCUAAAGUUUGGAACGUUGAAGUACUACCUUUUGGUUGCCUCCCUGUAG